CAAGCCUAUUAAGUGGGCGUGCAGAAAUUUUAUGAUCAUGUUAAAAUGAUCAUAGAGUACGAGUUACAACUAUGUGACGUAUAAUAACACCAAUGUUUCCACAAAUCCUCGUCUGUGAUCAUUUUCACAUCAAUGGAGCGGGGAAACAUUCUACUUUACCCAAAUUUAAUAUUAUUAAUCCCAUAAUCAAUUAAUUAAUAAAGAGGAAAAGAUGGUGCCAACUUUAACAAAUAGGACAGAAAGCAAAUAGGAGCAAUCAGGAAAAGAGAAGAAAAAGUCAAGAACUCUGGCUCAACACAAUCAUAAUCAACCCACUCAACAAUUCUUUUCAUGCCCUGCUAAGGACAACAAUAAAUUCCCCAACACUUUCUUCACCAGUAAGCAUCUAUCCCCAUACUUAUGAUCUCAGAACACCAACAACAAAGCUUGCUAGACCUCUCAGCUCUCUGCAUCUGCUUAGUUCUUAGCAGAUAGUAAAAAAUGGCUACUGCUGUGACCUUUAUGCAGAGAGAUGGAGAUGAUGAACCAUUCCCAUCAUGCUUUCAAGGCCUAUGUCCAAACCCUCUCAUGAUGAGGUCUCAGGAGCCACUUAACCGCCAUGGAAGCAAAGAUGAUGAACAAUCCAAGCCCCUCAGAAACACUUCUUCUGCCUGCAGGCAUGACUUUGAAGAUAUGACCACUUCUUCUCUUUUCCCUAACACCUUCUUCACUAGCCAUGAAUCUCUCCCUUCUUUCCAAGAAUCUUUCUCCCAGUUCAUCACUGCUUAUCCUCAGUACGCCGACACUCGACAAAUCGACAACAUCCGAGCUCAAGAAUACUAUAACCUCACCCUUUCCCACCAUGUCUGUUUGGAUUACAUCGGAAUCGGUCUCUUUUCGUACUCUCAGCAGGUUCAGUCAAUUCCAGUCGCUUCUCCGAUUAUAAACCCGGAUUACUUCCCCUUCUUUGACAUCAACUUUAAGUCAGUCAGUCUCAAAUCCCAGCUUUCCUUGACUACUAAUGGUGGGGGUCAACUCCCGUCAUCGCCCUCGUCGUCGUCGUUCGAGAAAGAAAUAUUUUUGGAGCUCGGGAUGAAGAAAAGAAUCAUGGACUUCCUCAGGAUCUCUGAAAAAGACUACUCCCUGGUGUUCACUGCCAACAAAUCAUCUGCUUUCAAGCUUGUGGCAGAGUCCUACCCUUUCCAAACAAACCGAAAGCUGUUGACAGUGUAUGAUCACAGCAGUGAAGCUCUGGACACACUGGUGACCACUGCAGAGAAGAGAAAAGCUCAGGUUUCUUCAGCUGAGUUCAAAUGGCCAAGAUUAAGAGUUCAUGCAGACAACCUGAAGAAGAUGAUAGUGGGGGGGAGUGGGAGCAAGAAGAAGAAGGGAGAUAAGGGGUUGUUUGUUUUCCCACUUCAGUCAAGAGUAACUGGUGGGGGUUACUCUUAUCAGUGGAUGAAUGUGGCUCAGGAAAAUGGGUGGCAUGUUUUGCUGGAUGCUUGUGGGUUGGGACCAAAGGAUAUGGACAGCUUUGGGCUUUCUCUCUUCAAACCAGACUUUCUGGUUUGCUCAUUCUAUAAGGUAUUUGGAGACAAUCCCACAGGGUUUGGGUGUUUGGUUGUCAAGAACUCUGCUGUUUCAAUUCUGGAGAACUCAAAAACAGCAGGCAUUGUAUCUCUUGUGCCACAAACACUUCAAUCCUAUUCACCAGAUUCUCCAGGACUGGAAUGCAAGUGUUUGGAUCAAGUGGAUUCCUUAGGAUUGAUGGUGGUGAAUAAGAGACGAAAAUUCCUCAUCAAUUGGCUGGUCACUGCGCUCACGAAGCUGCAGCAUCCAAACAGGCUGGAUGGCUUUCCUCUGGUGAGAAUCUAUGGGCCCAAAAUCAAAUUUGACAGAGGACCUGCUUUGGCUUUCAACGUGUAUGACUGGGAGGGUCAGAAAGUGGACCCCACUUUCAUACAAAAGCUAGCUGACAGGUACCAUAUAUCCCUCAGCCAAGGGUUUCUGCACAACAUUUGGUUUCCACAAAAGUAUGAAGAAGAAAGGGAUAGGAUCUUGGAAAAACCAAAUAAUGAAAUGGAGGCUAACAAGAAGGGUAAUAAGCAGCAUGGGAUUUCAGUGGUAACAAUUGCAUUGAGCUUUUUGGCUAACUUUGAAGACACUUAUAUGUUUUGGGCAUUCAUUGCUCGGUUUCUCGACGCCGACUUUGUUGAGAAGGAGCGGUGGAGAUACACCGCUCCAAAUCAAAGUAAAGCUGAAGUCUUAUAGGUCGGAUCUUUAUAAAAGUUUAUCUGAGUAAACUAUAGAUAUACUCCAUUUGUAUUCAAGUGAGAUCAUCAAGUCUUUUUUUACUAAAAUAAGAUUCAUUUGAUCAUAGAGAGAAUAAGAAUAGUUAAUAAUUCUUUCUUAGGAUUAAAUGAAUCUUAGUUUUAUGAAAACUACUAUGAUCUUAUUUGAAUAAAUCUAAUAUGCUUCAAUCCUAUACACAUGAAAAUUUCCCAUCUUCUAAUUAGAAGAUGACAUGGAGGCAGUGAAAAGGUUGGUUAUAAUGUUUUCUUAAUCUUUUGAGAGAUAUCCGUUAAGUGUG